UCUGAUUUUUUUGGUUCUCUUUUAAACAGACGCCUAGAUCAAGAUGCCCGUUGCCAGAAGUUGGGUGUGUCGGAAGACAUAUGUCACCCCGCGUCGUCCUUUUGAGAAGUCGCGGUUGGACCAGGAGUUAAAGCUCAUUGGUGAAUAUGGGCUGCGUAACAAGCGUGAGGUGUGGAGGGUGAAAUUCACUCUGGCCAAGAUCCGUAAAGCUGCCCGAGAGCUGCUUACGCUGGAUGAGAAGGAUCCCAAGCGUUUGUUUGAAGGUAACGCGCUCCUUAGGCGACUGGUGCGUAUUGGUGUGCUAGAUGAAGGGAAGAUGAAGCUUGAUUACAUCCUGGGCCUGAAAAUUGAAGAUUUCUUGGAAAGACGUCUGCAGACACAGGUCUUCAAGCUUGGUUUGGCCAAGUCCAUUCAUCAUGCCCGUGUGCUGAUCAGACAGAGGCACAUCCGUGUCCGCAAGCAAGUGGUGAAUAUCCCAUCAUUCAUCGUGCGACUGGAUUCUCAGAAGCACAUUGACUUCUCUCUGCGCUCACCAUACGGUGGUGGACGUCCCGGCCGUGUCAAGAGAAAGAACGCCAAGAAGGGCCAGGGCGGUGCUGGUGGUGCAGAUGAAGAGGAGGAGGAUUAAACCUGCUGUAGAGUAUCUCGUUCUGAAUUCAGGAUUGGCUACUUGAAACAUAAAUAAAACCUUUUGAUCUAAA